GUCCGCAACAACAUGGGGUUCCAGGUACAGUUUUAAGUAAUAUUUUGUCUGGUUAUUCAUACUUUAAUCAUCUAUCUACUUGCGGUACUAAUAGUGUCAGUACAGGUUUCCCAUCUGUGGACAAUAAUUAUUCUCAUGCUUCUCCACCAGUUGUCUGUCAAAUUUGUUACUCCCCAGGUCACUCUGCCCUCACGUGUCCAAGGUUUGUUGGUUCCUCCACUCCUGCUCUGGCUGUACUUCCCACGGGUGAGACUAACGCUUCUGUGUGGUAUCCUGAUUCGGGUGCCUCCGCUCAUAUGACCCCUCAUGAAGGACAAUCAGACGGGGGUGCAUCUUCUUCAGGGCUCCAAUAAAGACCAUCUCUAUCCUUUUCAUGCUCUUCAAGCGAACCUAGUUUCUG